AUGAUAAUGGAAUCAGAAAAUGAUGUAAAAUUAUUUCAAUCUAUUGGUUUAAGUGAGAACAAAUGUAAAGAAACUCUAAAAAAUAAACAAAUUUCUAAUAAUUUAAAACUUGCUAUAACAGAGGCUAAUAAGUAUGGAGUUAUUACACCUGAAGUUGGAAUUUUGUUAUACCAUCUUGCUUCAAAAAUUAAGAAUCAAAUUGCAGACAAAUUGUUAUUUCUUACUCAAUACAUAGCUGAAAAAAAAUUAGAUACAAUUCAAAGAAUAGACGCUGCAUUAAAUUAUUUACUUAAUAAUAUAACACAAAAUAUUGAUAUAUCUAAUUUUGAGAAAGAAUGUGGUGUGGGUGUUAUUGUAUCACCAGAAGAAAUAGAAUAUGAAAUAGAAAAAGUUAUAAGUGCACAUAAAACAGAAAUAAUAGAGAAAAGAUAUCAUUUUAACGUUGGUUUAUUAAUGCAACAAGUACGUAAUACUUUAAAGUGGGCAGAUGGAAAAGCAAUAAAAAAUGAAUUUGACGUCCAGAUGCUUGAUUUGUUAGGUGCAAAGUGUGACUCUGAUCUUACACCCCUACCUAAGGCAAUAAAACAAGCUAAAGUAAAAAAGACAGAGAAAGAAAAAGAACAUAAAAGUAUAAUAUCAAUAAAUGAGAAAGUAGGUGUUCAUACAAUAAGUGAGUUAAUGAAGACUAAAGUUCAUUUUCAUAAACCAGGAGAGAAUUAUAAAACUGAAGGGUAUAUUCUAACAACAAAUACACAUAGACUACUUCAAGAACAUUUAAAAACAACAGGGGGUAAAGUAAUAACUAGGUUUCCACCAGAACCUAAUGGAAUUUUACAUAUUGGUCAUGCAAAAGCAAUCAAUAUUAAUUUUGGAUAUGCUGCAGCUUAUGAUGGAAUUUGUUAUUUACGUUACGAUGAUACAAAUCCCGAAAAAGAAGAAGAAAAGUUUUUCACUGGUAUACAUGAAAUGGUAGAAUGGCUUGGUUAUAAACCUGCUAAAAUUACUCAUUCUUCAGAUUAUUUCCAACAGUUAUAUGAAUGGGCUAUUGUGCUUAUCCAAAAAGGUUUGGCAUAUGUUUGUCAUCAGUCUAGCAAAGAAAUAAAAGGUUUCAAUCCACCACCAAGCCCUUGGCGUAAUAGACCUAUUUCAGAAAGUUUACAAUUAUUUAAUGAUAUGAAAGAUGGAUUACUCGAGGAAGGUGAAGCUACAUUACGCAUGAAAGUAACAUUAGAGGAAGGAAAACAAGAUCCAGUUGCAUAUAGAAUAAAAUAUGCUUCACACCAUAGAACAGGAGACCAAUGGUGUAUUUACCCAACAUAUGAUUUUACUCAUUGCUUAUGUGAUAGCAUAGAAAACAUAACUCACUCUCUUUGUACCAAAGAAUUUCAAUCAAGGAGAUCGUCAUACUAUUGGCUUUGUAAUGCUUUAGAUAUUUAUUGCCCGGUACAGUGGGAAUAUGGUAGGUUGAAUGUGAACUAUACUGUUGUUUCGAAAAGGAAAAUUAGUAAAUUGAUUGAGGAAGGCAUUGUAUCUGAUUGGGACGACCCUAGAUUAUUUACAUUGACAGCUCUUCGUAGACGAGGAUUCCCAUCGGAAGCUAUAAACAACUUCUGUGCUCAAAUGGGUGUAACUGGUGCUCAAGCAGUUGUUGAUCCAUCUGUCUUGGAGGCAUGUGUUAGAGAUGUUUUAAAUGUAACUGCAAGUCGAUAUAUGGCAGUUUUAGAACCGUUAAAAAUAACCAUUAGCAAUUUUCCUCAUGAAAAUCCCAUACAAGUAACUGUUCCUAAUUUUCCUAAUGAACCAGACAAAGGACAACAUGAUAUUACCUUUGAUGAAGUUAUAUAUAUUGAAACAUCUGAUUUCAAAGAAAACGCAGGAAAAGAUUUUAGACGUUUAACGCCAAACCAAUCUGUUGGUUUAAAGUAUGUAGGAAUAGUACUGAAAGUUAAAGAAAUAGAAAGGGAUAGCAGUGGUAAUAUAAUAAAUUUAAUUGUCACACAAGAAUCCAUUUCUGAUUCAAACAAACCUAAAGCUUUUAUACAUUGGGUAUCAAAUCCUAUAUUGGCAUCUGUUAAAUUAUAUGAACGUUUAUUUAAACAUAAGAAUCCUGAAGAUCUUAAUGAGGUACCAAAUGGUUUCUUAAGUGAUGUGAAUCCAGUUAGUAAAAAAGAAAUAGUUGGAUACGUUGAUGCAAGUUUAGCAAAAUCAGCAAAACCUUUUGAAAAAUUCCAGUUCGAACGCAUUGGUUUCUUCUCUGUGGAUCCUGAUACAACACCAGGAAAGCUCGUUUUUAACAAGACAGUAACAUUAAAAGAGGAUCCAGGAAAGAUAUAA